AAGAUAGUGAUAGAGAAAGAGAGAGAGCGAGAGAGAGAGAGAGAGAAAAAGAGAGAGAGAGAAAGAGAGAGAGAAAGAGAGAGAGAAAGAGAGAGAGAGAAAGAGAGAGAGAGAGAGAGAGAGAGAGAGAAAGAAAGAUUAAUUAAACAACAACAACAACUACAUCAACAACAACAACAACAACAACAACAACAACAACAA